AAGCAUGCGCAGUGCUGCCUACGACACGAAGAUUUUUAAAUGUUAGAAGUUUUAAGCUAUAUUUCUUGACCAACUAUUCCUCUGGUAUUUGAAAAACUGUGAAACAUUAAGCGUGGGAUAUAUACAGAAAGAACUUAAGAAGAACUUAACUUGUUAUAUGCAGGGAAUUUUUGGCAUUUGAAGCAAGACGGGGGAUACUCGGCCGGCAAAACGGAGGCACAUCAAAACUUGCUGCAAGUGAAGUGUAGUGAAAUUCAGCAUGGCUCGUUGACGUAUUGUUUAUUUUGUGAUUGAUAAGUGUUCAAAUAACCUGAAAAGGUUAUUAUUACAGUUGACCAGUACACAUAACACAUAACAAUGGAGAAAUUUAAAAGGACAUUCAGUUUUCGUAAGAAGAAAGACCACGUCCCUGAAGCCAGCAAGCCCCACCAGUGGCAAGAAGAUGAACGCAAAGUGCGAGAAGGAACAUGCAGUUUUCAAGUGCGGUACCUGGGCUGUAUUGAAGUGUUUGAGUCCCGUGGCAUGCAGGUCUGUGAAGAAGCAGUCAAAGUCUUAAAACAUGGAGGACCCAAUGCCAAGAAGCAAAGCUUAUUGCGCAGGUCUUUUCGUAGAAAGAAAGUGGGUAUUCGUGCAAUCUUAUACAUAUCGGGAGAUUCAUUGCGCGUCGUUGAGGAGAAAAGUGCACUAGAACGGAAUCCAGAUUCAAAUAAGGGCCUGAUAGUAGACCAGACCAUAGAGAAGGUGUCUUUCUGUGCACCAGAUCGAAACCAUGAGAAAGGCUUUGCAUACAUAUGCCGCGAUGGCACAACACGACGUUGGAUGUGUCAUGGCUUCCUGGCAGUCAAAGAGUCUGGAGAGCGCCUCAGUCAUGCUGUGGGUUGUGCAUUUGCCAUCUGCUUGGAAAGGAAACAGAAGAGAGACAAAGAUUCUGGUGUGAACCUCAGCGACAGCGCUAGCAAUGGUGUCACUGUGACAUUCAACAAAGAUAAGACAUGUUUUGCUCGACAGGGCUCCUUCCGGCAGACAACACUAACUGAGAGGAUGGUGGACCCCCAAUCAGCCAUAUUGCCAGAACCUGUCCCAGCCAAGGCUAUAGAGAACCCCCAUGCUGUAACCAGGCCCCAUGCCACUCCUGAUAUGUUGAUACGACAGGGCUCCUUCAGGGGCUUCUCCAAGCUGAAUCAGUCCUCGCCCUUUAAAAGACAGCUAUCUCUACGCUUAAAUGAACUGCCGUCAAAUUUAGAACGUCACAGAGCCCUCUCUGUGGAUUCUUCUGGCAUGACAGAACAAGCUAAUGGACCAGCAGCUCCAAUCCCAGAAGUGUCUCCAGCCAAAGAGAAUAAUCCAGACUUUGCCAUAGCGGCCAUGUGCCAGCAGCUGACCCAGGGACUGACAGCACUGAACACAGAGGAUCCAUUUGCUGCCAAUACAACAUUUGAGUCGAAUGCAUUUACGCCUGCCAGUCCGGCCAAUCAAGUUUUUACCACUCAAGUCCAGAGUCACCACCAACAUCAGAGCCCUGUCCAGCCAGUGAGAGACGUGAACCCCUGGGACACCAGUGCUGGCAGCGACUCCUUCUGGCACCCCUCACCAUCCCAACCUUUACAUCAACCACAGCUACCUGUCUUUAAUGGGGCCAGCCAUGGACUUUUCCAACAACAACAACAACAGUCUUUUCAUCAGGCUCCACAUGGAGGGAGUUUACGGCCAGCAUUAGGCCACAUGCGAAGUCAUUCCAUUGAUACAGGAGAGCUGACAAUGUGGAACCAACAGCCAACAAGGAAGCCUACCCUGGCAGAGCUCUCACGCCAACACACCAUACAAAACGGGACUAUGAAUACCACGUGGAGUUCCACAUCCUCCUCCACUGCAGCAUCUGGCAGCCAUCCGUGGCAGACCAGUUCUUCUGUGACCACUAGUUCUGGGUACAGUUCACAACACCAGGCUUUUGAUCCAUUUGAUGCUGCCUGGGCCGCCAAGUCUGUUAAAGGGAACAAAUCGCCGACUAAUCCAUUUAAAACUAACCAGUCUGACAAUGUACAGGCUUCAUUCGAAGUGAAGUUAUAAAAACCCCCGAACAAGAAAAAGUUAUAGGAAAUUUUGUAUUAUACAUUGUAGUAUUUUUUGAUGACUAUUGUCUGGGGGCUAGAUCAUGAUAUUGAAGUUUGUCUGUGUGGCUAGAAUUUGAAGCUGUUAUGUUGUGAAUAUGCUGGAGAAAUGUAGAAUUCAUACUGUGGGGUACUGCUUCAAUCUAGUACAAGAAAGGUCAAAGCUUGCUUUAUUUUUUACUCUUUUUAUAUUUGGCUAUUGUCAGUCCAAAGUCCUUUUCCCUUGGUUUCUGGUCACCAUCAGCUGUCUGUACAUACAAGUAUGUAAUGGGUGGUUGGGUUCUAGAUUGCUAUACUGGAGUGAAUGGCUUUCUUUGCAUAUCAGACUAACCACCAAAAACUGUACAUAUCAGUUUUGAAAAACUUAAGUAGUUCAUACAAAAAUAUCUUUAUUUUAUUACAUAACAGCAUCAGUCGUACGUUUUUGCAUGUUUGUGUGUAAAACUGCAGUGGAAGUUGAAGACCUGUUUUUCACAUGAUUUAGGCCUUUGAGGAUGAGAAUUCAUUUAAAUGGCAGUGAAAUGGGAUUAAUUCAAGGGUGACUUUUUAAUGUGGCAGAACUGCUGUAUUGAACCAAGUGGAUGUCCAAUAGAUAUGAAAAUGAUAUGCCUGAUGUUAGAUAGGUUGUUGUUUUCACCCUGGUUUUUAAAACAUUCGGUAUGUUUCAACAAAAGGUCACCUAAUUACUGAAGGACAGGCAGGAGGGAAACAUUUGCUGUUCUUGUGUGUUUGUCUUGAAGAAGAGAUGUGAGUUUUUGUAAUUUACGGUACUUGAGCUGAACAAGUUGUUAAUCCUUUUAUUUACUGACAUUUUUGCUGAUAUUUUUAAGGAAAAGCUGAUAAUGAAUUUUAUUGAGGAACAUUAAUCACCGAUAAGGUGACCGAUAUUUAACUUCAUUCAUUAUGGUGAUAUAUUGGAGGUCGGUUAGCUUGAACUAAUAAAAACAUGAUAUAGAUUCGGGUAAUUAGUACCUCAAGAAUGCAUAAACAUUGUAUGGAUGUUUGAAGAAGUACUGUGUCUUGGCAUAUAUAAUAAUGAUUGUAUGACUUUACUGUUAAAUGCCCCCUUCCAUCCUAACAAUUGUGAUUACAGAAUGGGAAAGGCAGGUGAAUUUUUAAGUUCAUAAAUGCAUAAUUUCAGUUACUAUAACAUAAAACUAUAUUAAAUGUGCAUCAUGUCAGAUCAAUACCAGGUGCACUGGUGUGUGAAUUGAUAUUUAUACAUUAUAUGUUUGAUGUUAUAUCUUGGUGCCAGAUUAUCUGAUUAAGUUGAUUGAUUGCAGAAAAAGAAAAAAAAAGACUGUGAAACAUAAAAAGAUUCAGGGUGAAUAGUAAUCGGUGAAGAAAAAUGAAUGUUUUCAGUUUUUGUGCAGUUGUUAAAUGCAAGACCUGAAUUUGCAUAUGUUGAGAAAAUCUAUUUUCAUUAAGCUUUAGUAUUACACAGCUUCAAUAAUACAUGUAUACUUACACUUUUAUUUUAUUUUAUAACGAGUCACCUAUCAUAUAACCUACCUUAUAAUUUUAUUUAGCUUGUUUUUAUUAGCCAUAUCUAAGAGGCGCAGAAACCUAGGAGGAUGCCUUGUGAUUUUAAUUGCAAUAGCAAGCCAGUUGUUUUGAUGUGGUUUUAUGGCAACUGCAUUAAUAUCAGUGGUUCUUCAGAAACAACAUAGCAGUUCUUACCUUACACAUUCCUUCCAAGUUUGACUGUGGUGUCCAAUGAGUUUCCAUAUCAUAGUUUUGUCUCCUGGCGAUUUGCACAUGAGCAUAAAAUGUUUUAAGAUGUAUUUUGUAGGGUAAAUUUGGAAUAAUACAACACGCAGGUUUUUGUGUGGAAAGCCCACAAUAUCCGUAAUACACACAUCACAAUUCAAAUGUCUGUGGAUUCUGUUAUUAAGGUUGACAAAGAAUCAAAAGGUAGUAUUACAGGAAUUUUUACAACAUGGGUUCUUGUUAUUUAUAAAGAGAUAAUUUAAAGAUACUUAUGCUUUGAAUGUCUGGACAAGAUUGAAUUUUUCAUCUAGCUUGUAGAUAUUUACUAGUUAUAUUCUAAAUUUAGUUAUGUAUGUAUUAUUAAUAGUAAUAUAUAAUAUGUUGACUACUUGAAAUACACCUUGUAAAAAGUAUUGCACUGGUUGUUAGGACAAAUUCAGAAUCUGGCGGUACUGUUGAACUUGUACAUUUUGUACCUACACCAGUCUUUUUAAAUAAAACAAGUCAUGGCUCUA